AUGUCCCUCUCACAACUCGCACACGUGUGCUCUCACCUCAACAACGUCACCAAAGCUCGUCUGGGCCUCACAUCUAUCGUCGACACAAAAAUGCACCGCAGCCUAAUCCUCGCCAUGCAACAACAAGGUCUAAUCGGCAGCAUCGUCCGGGGCGGCCGCUCACCUCCUCCUCCUCAUCUCCUUCUCGGCCAACCCACCGCAACAUCCGCCACUGAUGCUGCCACCGCAGCAGCAAGCGGCGUAAUUGAAACCGAACCUGUCACACAAGCCAACGUCGCGUCAAGACGGCUCUGGCUGGGCCUGAAAUACUGGCAAAGCGAGCCCGUGCUCGGUAAAAUCACACCGGUUAGCAAACCUACAAGACGAAUCAUUAUGGAUCUCCCGGCUUUGCGUAGAGUCAUUCGCGGGUCAAGAAGUGGUACCGUCGAGGGAUUGCGGUCGCCGGGCGAGUGUCUCUUUUUGGCUACGGAUCGGGGCAUAUUAGAGGCCAGACAGUGCGUUGAGAAGAAGAUUGGUGGUGUGGUUUUGUGUCGGAUUGAGUAG